GCGCAUUGCGGUCUCCGUGCGGACCGCGCAGAGUGAAUAAUAAAGCUCUCCUCCUCGGUGGUAGCGGGCGGCGGCGGAGGGAGUGGAAGGCAGGAGCAUGUCGAAGGGCCCGGUAGCGACCGGGCCUCCCGCGACCGGGCCGGUGGCGCCCGCCAGCGCGCUCCAGGCGCAGCCCGAGAAGCCGCAGCACUACACAUACCUGAAGGAAUUCCGCACAGAGCAGUGCCCACUCUUUGUGCAGCACAAGUGUACUCAGCAUAGGCCCUAUACAUGCUUCCACUGGCACUUUGUCAACCAGCGUCGCCGCCGGUCUAUCCGACGUCGGGAUGGCACCUUUAACUACAGUCCUGACAUUUACUGCACCAAAUAUGAUGAGACCACAGGGAUCUGUCCAGAAGGAGAUGAGUGUCCAUUCCUGCAUAGAACUACUGGUGACACAGAACGUAGAUAUCACCUGCGCUACUACAAAACUGGAAUCUGCAUCCAUGAGACUGAUUCGAAAGGAAACUGCACCAAGAACGGUCUCCACUGUGCUUUUGCUCAUGGGCCCCAUGACCUCCGCUCUCCAGUUUAUGAUAUCAGGGAGCUUCAGGCCAUGGAAGCUUUGCAGAAUGGUCAGACUACAUCAGAGGGUGGCAUAGAGGGUCAGUCUGCAGUUGCCGCUAGCCAUGCUAUGAUAGAGAAAAUACUCAGUGAAGAGCCAAGGUGGCAAGACACAACAUAUGUUUUGGGAAACUACAAAACAGAACAAUGUAAGAAGCCCCCACGUCUCUGUCGCCAGGGUUAUGCCUGCCCUUACUACCAUAAUAGCAAAGAUAGAAGAAGGAGCCCCAGGAAACACAAAUACAGGUCAUCCCCAUGCCCCAGUGUGAAACAUGGAGAUGAGUGGGGAGAUCCCAGUAAGUGUGACAAUGGAGAUGCAUGCCAGUACUGUCACACCCGCACAGAACAACAAUUUCAUCCAGAGAUCUACAAAUCAACAAAAUGUAAUGACAUGCAACAGUCUGGCAGCUGCCCCCGAGGACCCUUCUGUGCCUUUGCACAUGUAGAACAACCUCCACUUAAUGAAGAGUUACAAUCAACAUCCUCUGUUUCCAGUCCUACACAAACAGGCCCUGUAAUGUAUAUGCCCUCGGCAGCAGGCGAUUCUGUUCCCGUCAGCCCUUCUAGUCCACAAGCCCCAGACCUUAGCAAUGUAUGGAAUAAACCAGGAACUCUGCCAACUAGCCCCACUUCUACUACAAUUCUCUGUAGAAAUAGCAGUCUUGGAAGCCCAUCUAAUAUAUGUGGGUCUCCUCCUGGUGCCAUUGGAAAACCCCAUAGUUUGGAAAGCAUUGGCUUUCCCACAGAUUCAGUAACUGCAGCCAGCAGCUACAAGAAGGCACCAGGAUUUGAGCGGGAAGACUUGGUUGGAGCAGAGUACCUAAAGAAUUUCAAAUGCCAGCAGGCAAAGAUUAAAUCCCAUUCCUUGGAACACAGAACCCAAGAACAGCCUCUGUUACAACCAAAACAGGAUAUAUUGGGGAUUCUUCCUGUUGGCAGCCCACUGACAUCUAGCAUCUCUUCUAGUAUCACUUCUAGUUUGGCAGCAACACCGCCAAGUCCAGCAGGCACAAGCAGUGUCCCUGGCAUGAAUGCAAAUGCCCUUCCAUUCUACCCAACCAGUGACACAGUGGAGUCUGUGAUAGAGUCUGCCUUGGAUGACCUGGACCUGAACGAAUUCGGAGUGGCUGCCCUGGAGAAGACAUUUGACAGCAGCUCGGUGCCCCACACGAGUGGCAUCAUGAUAGGUGGGAGUUUGCUGCAAAGUUCUGCUCCUGUAAAUAUCCCUGGGUCCCUUGGAAGUUCUGCCUCCUUUCACUCUGCCUCUCCUUCUCCACCGGUCAGCUUAUCAUCGCAUUUCCUCCAUCAGCCCCAGGGACACUUAAGCCAAUCAGAAAACACAUUCCUGGGGACAUCAGCUUCUCAUGGAUCAUUAGGUUUAAACGGGAUGAACAGCAGCAUAUGGGAGCACUUUGCUUCUGGAAGUUUUUCACCCAGUACCUCGCCUGCAUUUCUGUCGGGUCCAGGUGCUGCUGAGCUGGCCAGGCUGCGGCAGGAAUUGGAUGAAGCUAACAGCACAAUAAAGCAGUGGGAAGAAUCUUGGAAACAAGCCAAACAGGCUUGUGAUGCUUGGAAAAAGGAAGCUGAGGAGGCUAAUGACCGUGCCAACACGGCAACCAUAGAAUGUGAGCUAGCCCGGGAGCAGAGGGAGGCCUUGGAGCUGCAAGUGAAGAAACUCCAGGAGGAAGUGGAGAGGAUCCACACUGGCCAGGACCCCCAGUUCCUGCGUUCGCUCUCUGAUGUAGAGUCCCUCUCCCUCUCCACACUUUAUAACCUCCAAAAACAGCUGCGUGCCAACCUGGAAAGAGUUGAUAAGGCAGUGUUUCAGAUGCAGUCGGUGAAAUGCCUCAAGUGCCAGGAAGAGAACCGGGUGGUACUCCCGUGCCAACACACUGUGCUGUGUGAAACAUGUGCUGAGGAGGGCGAAUGCCCCAUCUGCCAUCCCAACAGGCCACACACUCUCCAGUCGUGACCCUACUAGGACAUUUGGUUUAGCAUAUCACACAUAGAACUUUUUAACUUUAUAUAUAUAUAUAUAUAAAUAUAAUAUGAAUAUAUAUAUGAAUAUAUAUAUAUAUAUACAUAAAAACAAAAAUUAGUUGCAGAGCACUUUUUAAUACUUUGCAUCUCCCAUUUAAAGGUUCCCCCACCCACCCAGUCCUGCUAAGUCUAACUCCUUAGGGACUUUUAUGGCUGUUUUUAUGUAGAUCAAAGGGCAGUUUGCAGAGUUUGUUUCCUCUCUCUCUCUCCCCCCCCCCCUUUCCUAUUUAGGAUGUAGCCCUUUUUUAGUCUUUUUCUGAAUAAAGAUUUAGAGGGAAGGGGAAGAGGGGCUUGCAAGUGCUUUCCAGGGUGAGGACUGGAUCUGUGGGGAGAAGAGACAUGGAAAUCAAAUUUCUGAUCAUGUCCUCGUCCUCCUUCUCUUGGCUCUUACUUCAUCAUCAUUUUCAUCUUUUAAAAGCAGCUGUCAUGCUCUUAGCCUAACAACAAGAGAAUCCCCUUUGCAGUUUUUCCCCGCUGAGAGCUUCAGGCAUUCAGAACUCUUGUUGGCCUUCAGUAUAGGUGAGGAUCUUUGGAUAUCUGUUUGAGAAACAAGCAUUCAAUUUUUAAAAGUCUUUUUACACACUUGUAGGUUUCUACCAAAGCAACAAAAGGAGCAAAAUUUCAAACAAACCAGUGAUGGUAGGCCAGUAGUCACAAUAGUUUUACUCAAAAGCAUUACUUAUCAGUGGAACUUCGUAAAGAGGAAAAGUCAGAGUUGGUGGUCUGUAUUCUCUUGGCAAUUAGGAUGUGCUUCAGAGGUGUGGGUAAUGCAAAUGGAAGGCAUUCUAGGUGGCAGGUAGAGGUGGAAGUGUGAAAUGAUGAAGGCCCUCUUUGGAAUAGCCUGUGUCUUUUCUUGCUGCUUGCUGGGGGUUGGGGCGGGGGUAUACUUCCUAGGCUUUGUUUUCAUUGAUAAUUAAAUGAACCUUCUAAACUUUUUUUAGUCUGCCUAAUACAGGCCUGCAUAACUUGUGACCCACCAGUUAGGUAGGGUGGCCCUUUGGGACUAAAUCAGUUUCCUGUUUUUGUCUGCCUGCCUGGGACUGCAGAAACGGGAUAUUGGUCAAGUAUCUGGCUAGAGGGUACAAUGUUCAGUUGGUCCACAUUUGGUCAGCUGAUGCCAUGUUACUCACCCCAAACCUAAUACUUGGUACUUCCUGAUGGGUAGAAACAAUAUGUCUCUUUCCCUGCUGUUCCCAUACCACAAAUGGUACUGUUACCAGCAUCACAGUGUAGCAUAUCCACCCUAUAGUUCAGACAAGGGUUGGUUUUUUGCUUUGAGUGUUAAGAAAAAAUCAUUCAGGUUUUUUUUUACAGAGCAAGCUCAUCUGUUUGCCCUGAACAGCACUUUGUGUUGCUGGCAUCCAGUAAGUUGUGGUGCACCACCAUGAACUUGGGGGAUGUAGAAUGUGAUAGAGGAGGAGGGGGACAUUUUCAGAAGUUAACACUGUGUGUUUCUAUCUUGCUGCCAAAAAUUUGGAGUUGCAUACUGAAUUGAAGCAUGGAUUCCCUUCAGAUGUAAUUUCUGCAAAGUAAUAGCAGACAUAUUGUGAGGAAGAAAUAAUCUUAAAUUUACAGCCACGGGACAACCACAGAAUUUUGCAAAUGUUCAGGGGCCCCAAUAUGAAAAUGUUUCCAGUGGCAAGAAAUAGAUUCACAAAAUGCAGAACUGGGAGCAGGCAAACAGAGAAUCCAAGAUAUGAAAUAUUAGUUAGCUGCUUAGAUGUCAAGUGGAGUUACGUUCCUAAUCCACUUCACAUUCUUCUGAAAGAUUUAUAGUGAAUGCCACAAGGCCAUACUUAAAGCUUUGUUUGUAGGCAAGAAAAGAUGGGGUUGCCCAGAGUCCACAGUGUUUCACUUCUCAAAUACAUUCCUUUUCCUUCUGACUAGGGAAACCUUCUUACUCUUCUAUCUUACUCCUUACUAGUUUAGGUUUCAGGUGAACCUUGCCUGUCUUCUUUGCAAGAGGAUAUGUUUGGUUGUGCUCCCUGUUUAGCUAUAGAUCAUCUGGGGACACCCAAGGCUUUCUAUAGUCUUAGGCAGCGCCGUCUUAAGCACUCCCGGCGCCGUGGUGUGCCAGAUCCUCUGGCGCCCUCCCGCCCCGUUCCGGCGCCCUCCCACCCCGUUUCCCAGCGCGGUGGGCGGGUGGGCACAGCGCGCAGCACGGGUGCAACAGGCGCUGCUGCGCGGCGGGUGGGCAGGCGCAGCUGCGCGGCGGAGCGGUCGGCCAGCGGGUGGGCGCAGCUCGCGGCGCCCUCCUGGCGGGCCGGCGCCAUGGUGCCCUGCGCCACCCAGCCUGCAUGUAGAGCCGGGCCUGGUCUUAGGCUGCAUCUGGGAUCAGUUGUGUUUGGUCCAUUUGAAUUGUGUGCAGUCCAAUCUUUGUAGCCCAGAGGCUUGGGAGUGGUCCCCAACAGAUGGGAACAUUCAUCAGGCAUGUAUGUGAUACACUGUUUGCACAGUCCAGAGAGUAAUUCUGGAGUUGGUGGGGACCUGACCCUCCUGCCCUUCUGCUUUGGCAUUAAAAGCACCAAGCUGAAAAUGAAAGACGCUCCCAUGCAGACGUGCCCUUUCUACUGCUCUGCUCAUUCUUAGAAAAGAUAUUCUAGUUGUCCCUUUGGGUUAGCAUCUCUGUUAACUCUGGGUCACCUUAGUGUAGCUGCAAAUGCCCUUAUUUGGCUGGGUACCUGUAGACAACUUCCAUGAAGAUGAAGAACAUUCUCCCAAAACGAUCAUAAAGCCUGAGUCUAUAAAUGCAUUCCUCCUUAAUAUUGGGGUGUGCACUUGCUAGAGAACUACGUGCACCAGAACCAUUUGUCAUGGACAGCAUUGACUACUAUUUAUAUUGCCCAUCUCUUACUGGGCACAGUGCAUAUAGCCUUGAGGGAUACAUUUCAUAGGUUAGGCUUUUUUAAAAGAUAGACAGAAAUUUCUUUGGGUCCCAAGCAACCAUCAACUUGAUUAUCAGAGCAAUCAUUAAUUUAUUUCUUGUGCUUUAGUGGGCCAGAAUGAAUAAAGUUUCCAAGCUCUGAGCAGAACUUAACUACACCUAUUAAAAAAGAAACUUACAGUGCAAUCCUAAGCAUGUUUACUCAGAAGUAAGCACCAUUGAAUGCAAUGGGGUUUGCCCCCUAGUAAAUGUGUUUAGGAUUGCAGCCUCCACUAGUAACUUCCAUUGAGAUUAAAUUUGCACUCUUCCCAGAGUGCUUUACAAAUGGUGUUACUGAUUAUGUGUUAACCUUUGAUUAUGUGUGGUAGGCUUCCAGGAAUAUAUAUUGGGGCCUAAAUCCAACUGACUUUCAUUGAAAUUUGUGGUUUGGAAUAUUUUUUGUGUUAAGCUUGUAUCCAGUAAACGUGUCGUCCUGCAGUUCCGAGUGGUAGAACUCCCACUGCAGUUUGUUUUGACUUGUUCAGACAUUGCAACAGCCUGUAGGCAACAAAAAGCAACGGUCCAGUCCAGAAGGACUCUAAUCUGUCAUUUUGAACUGGGGAGUUUGUUUAACAUGUAAAAGUGUAAUAUUUAGAUUUAUAAUCUCACUCCCUUGCUCACCAGUCUCUGCUUCAUUUGCAGUAGUUGACCCACCUUUCCCCAACCUGGAAAAGCACUGGAAACUCUUAAGUUAUCAUUCUUUUUCAUAAGGGUAAUCCAGCAACUCACUGUCAGGUUUUUCCUCUGGAGUUUUUCCAUAUUUAAUGCAAGUACAUCAUUAGAUUUGCUUCCACAAUUCCACCCUCCCAUAUUUGGGGGGCUAAUAUGCAUUCCCAGAUGAUCUCAAAGUGCAGCUCUGUUUAGGGUUUUGUUUUUUUAAUUAACUUUUAUGUUUGGUAAAACUGCUUUUUUUCAGUGUGUAUAUUGUACUAGUAUCUGUUGUGUUUUUUUAAAAAAGAACACCUAAUUGGCUUUUCUUUUUUGUAUGGAGAGACGCUGCUGGCUGACUCUUGUGGUUGUGUUUGUUUUUGGUUGUAGCCUUUGAAUGUCUGUGCCAUGGGGCUUACCUGGUCUCCAAGGCCAGCAAAUAUGCCUCAGUCUUAAGGAAAGCUUGUUUGUUUAAAAUAUGUGAACAUUUUUAAAACAUACACACAAAAAUUUAAAUUAUGGGGGAGUAAUAAUACUCUGCUGGAAAUAAAAUGUACUAAACUAUUUUGGUAACUAACUUAAAGAUCAUAGGAAAUAAACUCUUUGAAUCGGGUCUACAGUGUUUAUACAGAAUUGCAGCCAUUUUCAGGCUCUUUGGUGGUAACUGGUUUGUAACACUUAGUUUUGUAAACAUUGUGUUUUAUUGCUUCCUCUGCCUUUCUAUGUGAUUGUCCAUAGUGAGACGAUGAUUUUGUGGGGAGCGAUUUGUUUAGUCCUGAAUUGCCACAACUUUGUGUAACUCCAACAGAAUCCUACAGAGGGUGUUAGAUGUGUCACUGGUCUCGAGCGUAACUUAGAGGUAGUUUCUUUGUCCUGUUUUUAAGACCUGGCAACUCUAUAGAAUCUUGCUGGUUAUCAGAUUCCUCUUUCCCACUCCUCACAACACCCCCUAGGCAAAUUGCUUUGCUGGUGCGAUGCAGGGGAGAAAUUAUACCAGAGGCAAAAGCCUGUUUACAUUUAGUGCCACAACCCAAUCUGUCUGUUUUAUUGUGAAGGACCAAAGAAUCCAAAAUGGGAUUUAAAAAAUAAAUAAAUCUCCCAACCCCACAAAUUCCGGACUGCUCCCUAUCCAAUUAUUCUUUUUCCUCUACCUCGUCUCUGUCAGUAUAAUGCAUGGGCACGAGGACAUAGCAGCAGGCUGGUUUUAUCCACAUCUGGGAAUCGUAGAAGCCCACGCUUCUCUAUCCCAUUCUUUAGCUCUUUUAAGACACUUUUUUUAGAAAAAAGAAAGCCUAGAUUUCUAUGAAUUUUAAUAUUGAAAUGAAAUACCUGAAAUGUGAAUGCGUUCGUUAGGUACCAAAUGGAAAAGCAAAACCAAUCUGUUUUGUAACUUUGGGUUAGGUUUCUGCAUAGGAAUUUUUUGUUUACCGGGAUAGGGUGGGAUGAACCAUGAAUGAGAGGAAAUAUGCAAAAAAAAUUUAACCAAAAGCAAAUCUUGAUUGAGCUAGUAGUUGCUGAGCACUGGGGUUUUUUUUUUUAGGCCAAAGGGAUUCUGUGAUUGGGUUUUGCCUGAUGCUAAAGCUAUUAUUUGGUGCUAGAGUAAAUCAUCCUAAAUGGACAGCCCAAGGAGAUGUGCUUGGAUUAUGAAAGUUUUCACACUUCUGAGCAGAAUGCCUCUUGUAUUCCCGCUCUGGCCUCUAUGCCAAGGCCUAAUUAGGGGGGGGGGUCAUUCCAAAGGUUUGGGGAGGACCUGCUAAUAUGACUAAUUUUACCAGACAAGGGAAUAUUGUGGUUGCAAAAACCAGAGUAUUCAAAAAGGCUGGUAGGAUGAGCAGUAGAGAACUAUCAGGUAGCUGAAGAAUUAGUAGAGAAGUAAGUGUUAAGAAUUAACCUGUAUAUGCUUCUUUUAAAAUGAUUGGCUUUGUGGGGCUGAGGAAUUUCCACACAUUGGGGCAGAUGGCUGAGUUAAUCAUACAGCUCAGAGGUGCUGGGCUUCACUUCUCUACUGCCCUACUUCAGCAGAGGGGGAAAUGGCACCUAACAUAAUUUAGUGUGGGGAAUUGCCUGUACACAGCACACAGGGCCUGUGUUUGCACAGAACACUUAAGUGAUGGCUCAGUGUUAGAAGGCUAAGCUGCAGCCCUGCAGUCUCUGGUGCAUUCACACCGAGGACUUUGCAAGCUUUCAUUUCCAUUUUAGACUAACCACAGAUUCUUGUGACACUUGAAUCUGGAUAAUCUGCAUUUAGUCUUAACUGCAGAUAGUGAAAGCAACUUCAAACCGUGGUUUAUAAAGCUGCCUCCCCACUCCCCAAUAACCAUAGUUACAAUUAACCUCAGUUUACGGUUUGGCUGUAAUGUUCAUGCAAAAGCUUCCAGUUCCUCCUCAUUGCAGUGCUGGAGGUGGCAAGCAGAGCAUACACACCCAAGGUUUCCUUUAGCUUGUCCUUCUAAUGCUAAACCAUCACUUAGCAUCACAUUGUAAACAGAGCCAGAGACCCCACACAGAAUUCUUCACAGGGAAAUUCCUUUUUCUUUUAAACUUUCCAUAAGUCUCCAAGCUUAACCUGAGCCACUUCAGGGGCUACACAGCUCAGACAAAUGAAGAGAAUUUCCUUCCUUAGCAUGGAAGGACAUAAAGGACUCAACAGUUUAGUGCUGUCCCACUAGACAGAUAGGACUUUCCCAUAUUGUUUCCUUCCCUGAAAAGGAAAAGUAUUUAUUACCAGUGUGGGGUUUUUCCCUCAUUUUCCCCCCUCCUUUUGAUUCCCCUCCGGGAUUAUAUCAGCCUUUAGAGCAAUGCAACCAGAAAGUAGAUGUUGCUGACGAAAAGUAUUAUAAGUGAAGUAUUCUUGCAAACUGGUUACUGUGGAUCAAAAGAUCUCUAUGGGGCUUCCCCACUCUGUAGCUUCCAAUGUUUGAAAGGAAAAAAUAUAUAAAUACAUUCUAUAUAAAUUCUUAAAAUUACACACUACAGUAUUUAUGGUGGCAAUUCUGAACCAGUCUCCUUGGAUUUUCCUAGGCAGUGGAGGGUGGCUGGGACAGAGAGCCACUCAAGUCUGUGUAGAAGUCAGCCAAAAGGCAAUAGGUGGUGUGUACAAUGUGGUGUUUGAUUCCAUUAUUAUAGACUGUAAUGCGGAACUGUGAUUUCAGCUGUUGUUCUUUCUCGUAUUCUGUAUAUAUGUGUGUUUGGCUGUCCAGAAACCUGGUUUUAGACACUCUUUCUUGGCAAAGUGGAUUUGCAUGUGGAGCUUAAAAAAAUGCAAUCUUGUGUCACAAUUUCCAAGGGCAGGAUGGAUUUUCUAGAAGACAAUAAAUUUUUUUAUUUUUUUGCUAAGAAAAAAAGGCAGCACUUUUGUGUGUGCAUAUGUAUGUGUGUUUUAGAGUGUAUAUGUGGUGUCCAUGUGAGUUUUCUUGGUGCCUUUGAUCUCUACUUGAAAGCUAGAGAGGUUUGGGGGGGGGCGAUGACCUGCCUAACAUUCCACUAGGAAGGUCUCCUGUUCAGGUAUAUGAAGCAGCUGCACCAUAGUAAAAUGAACACGAUCCCUUUGCUCUCAUGGAGCUUGUGCCAGAAGUGAUUAUUUGUAGAUUGUAGGCCAGGAAUGCUGCACAAUCACAUUUUUUUCACCUUCCAGUUGGUUAUAUAGAAACAGUAGCUAGUAGCCUGUGAAGAGGACUGCAAAGAUAGAACCCACUCAAUUUACUGUACAGUAUUUUAUAUAAAUAUAUCCCUCAUACUGCUCAAGAUAUAAUACAAUUUCAGGGUUUUGUGAAAGAUCCUUUAAGCUAUAAAGACAGUGCUUAAAAGAAAGUCCUUAUUCUCAACCACUAAGUAUCUCGGAAUAGCUCCCAACACACCACCUGCAACAGCAUCUUGGAUUCUGGGGGGAAUCUGCUUUUGAAUGGGAACUUUUCCCCAGUUGGCUUUUUAAAUACCCAGCUGGAAAUGGGGAAAGCUUAUCUCCUUACUUAGAACUCCCAACCAAGAGAUCUCCGUAUACUCUUCUCACUUCAAAAUUUGUGUGCAGCAGUGUCUUGUCUCUUUCUUUCCAUUAACAUGAGAGAGAGAGAGAGAGAGACAAAGACAUUUGUAAUUGGCCUCCCAAAAUCUUGAAUCCAGAAUAAAGUGAGCGAAUUUGAGAAUUCUGGGUUUGGACCAUGGGAAACUCCUUUUUUUGGUGGAAAUUUAAUAAUGCUAAUCCAGCAAUUUAGUGAGCCUUAAGACCCAUUGAAAUCAGCAAGACAUAUUAUUGAUUGAAUUGAGACCCAGUGGUUGCUUGGCCCAAAUUGCCCCAUUGAUUUCAGUGGAAGGGUUUGCAUGAUUAACUGUCUGAAUUAGUAUGUAGCUAUCCCAUUUGUAGUGGUAGCAAACUUGGUGCCCUCCAAUUCAUAUCGACCCCAGUCAACAUGACCAGUAGUAAGGGAUGGUUCAGCAACCUCUGUAAGUCACCAUAUUGACCCCCCCCCUAGCAUAAUGGUACCUGUGUUUCCUAUCUGUCCAAGUUGUCUUGUUUUUGUAAUUGUGUCUCCAUAGUGAUUCUAUCCCAUCCCCUGUGCUCACUAACUAGUAUUCUCCUUUGGCUGGGUAAACACAGCCCCAAAGUGUGAAUGAUUAGGAAUAAGUAAUGGGUGGCCAAUUUGGAUGCCAGAGCAUUCACUUUGUGCUACUUUCUAAAGCAUAUGGAGCAGCAGGCUGGAGAGAGAUGGGACAGACAAACAGCUUCUCAGUGCUAGAAUGUAGGUUGUUUGGUCAAUCAUUGAACUAGAAAAGUAGUUCCCACAGGCAAGCCUUUCUGGAGAAAUAAAGAUUCAACCGGAGACUCAACUCAUCUUAAUCAGAUGAGGCAGAAGGAUCAAUCUACACUUCAUGAAAUCACUACAAAGAAGCUGCUGCAGCGGAGGCUAGCUAGUGACUUAUUUACUUGUAAGACCAGCACAUGCUGUGAUCUACACAUAUGUUAAUUACUAUGCACAUGUGCUUUCUAUGUCUAGUCUCUGUAACAGGGAUGAAGAACCAUUUUCAGUCUGAGGACUGUCAUUCCCUUCUCGGGGUGACGAUAAACACUAAAUAGAGGGUGGGGCAGCUUAUAAAUUAUAAAUUAUAUCUUUGCACUGUAAAUUAUUUUUACACACACUCCUCUCUGUGACCCUCCAGGUGUCACUGGAAUACAACUCCCAUCAUCCCUGACUGUUGGCAAUACAGCCAGGGACUAAUGGGGAGUUAAGAGUCAAGCAGAAGCUGAUGGCCACAAGUUCCCCAACCCUGAUGUAGAACAAGAUGCUUUAUAUAGGUAGCACAAGCAUGGCUUGUACAAGUUGAAGUCUUGCUUCCCUAAUGUUUUAAGAAGCAUCUGAGGGUUAAACAAAUAAGUAGAGAAGUGAUCUUAUAGGCAUUGUUUACUUUUGGUGACAUAACUUCCCUAAGGCCUCUGCCUGAACUUAGUUGUCUUGGGAUAAAAUGACAGAUCCUCUUUUGGAUCAAGAUUUGGUUGACGAACAGGACUCUGCAGGUAGAAAGAAGAGACUGUUAUCUCAGGAGGAGAAGGAGGUAAGUACUAUGCCAUGCUAAAGACCUGUGAUGGGAGUGCUGCUACUUCAUUUAGUCAUAAGUGUUCUGGAGGUCAAGUCUGUGGAAGAUAACAAUUUUGCAAGCAGGUGACAAGUGUGAGAUGCCCCAAACUGGCCUUUCUACUGCGUAUGUCAGAACCAACAGAAUGGCACAUGAAAUCAAAAGGAAAUGUAAGGUAGUGCACAAUGAGGCAAAAAAUAACUUCACAUAUAUACUGAUAAGAAUUCUAAACUGACCUGGGACUCAAACUUGCCGUCAUGAUGGAUGGCACAAUAAAAAUGACAUUGCUGUGUAGAAAUGAAGGCAGAUUCCAUGCUGGGCCCAGUUAGGAAAGGGACAGAAAAUGAUCAAUAUAAUAAUGUCCUUCUUAAAACCAAGGGGCAACCACCUCUAGACUACUACAUCAACAAAGACAUCACAAAACUAGAAAAGAGGCAGAGAAGUGCAAUCAAUAUGAUCAAGCAAUUAAAAUGCCUUCCCAAUUAGGAAAGGCUAAAGUGUUUGGGGUUACUAAGGAAAGAGAUGACAUGGGAAAAAUAGGAUAUCAAAGGGUGCAAUAGGUAGAAGGUUAGAGUGAGCAUUUCCUCCCCUCUCCCUUUCAUACUGUACUGGAGCUCAGGUUCACCCACUGAAACUGAUAAGAAAUAGAUUCACAACAGCCAAAAGGACUUCCUACAGCUCGGCCAACCUAGCAGUUCGAAAGCACGAAGUGCAAGUAGAUAAAUAGGUACCUGUCUGGCGGGAAGGUAAACGGCGUUUCCGUGUGCUGCUCUGGUUCGCCAGAAGCGGCUUUGUCAUGCUGGCCACAUGACCCAGAAGCUGUACGCUGGCUCCCUUGGCCAAUAAAGCGAGAUGAGCGCCGCAACCUCAGUCAUCCGCGACUGGACCUAAUGGUCAGGGGUCCCUUUACCUUUACAGCUAGGCCUGGGCGAUAUAUGAGAAGCAGACCAUGAUGUCGGUUUCACUCAAUGGUAUAUCGCUGGUGAAACCACCACUGC